AACAUUUCAACGCUGAGUCGAACGCACGUCGUUUUUGCCGCGCGCGGACUUGAGGUCCGCUCUUUUGAAAGCGUUUCCCGAAUCCGAUACGAAACUCAAAACUGAACCAGGCGACGCCACACACUCGGACACACACACACGUGGCCCACAGAGACUGCGGUUGUGUGAGUGGGCACUAAAAGUAAUUUCGUGUUUACAAAAAACAAAACCCAGAAGGAGGAAGGCAAAAAUAUACAAAAUAGAAACGAAAAAGUGCAAGUGUGGCAAAAAUAAUAACAGAAUCGUACAAACAUACAUAUUCGAAGCAGUGCUUUGGGAAAAUAUGCAGGUCCCGAAAAUAAAAGUGGACGCGAAAUCUGUAGUGGAAAUACUUUGAACCUGGCAUGCGGCAUUUGUUGCGUGCCACAAACAUUUGUCAAGCAUUUGCUGUUGUUUUUGAAACUGAGAAAACGGUUGCGGUUGCGGUUAAUUAAAGCGCAAAAAGUGGAACACAAGAAGUAAUCAUCAGGCAACCUCAAAAGGCAGCACUAAAAGGGAAGCCCCAAAACAACUUAAUGUCCAAAUGAAAUAAGUGAAAUUUUCACACCGAAAUUAAUAAAGACAUUAGUGCGUGUGGGCGUGGCUCAUUUAGGGCAUUUAACCGAGGCAAAAAUGUGCGCACUGGAUCCCUACAGCCAGCACCAGCUGCCGCACCACCAUAAAACCGAGACCCGCCACCGCCACCACCACGCCUCGCCCCACCAGCACGGGCAGCUGGCGGCGGAGCAACAGGCUCCGGGAACUAGGAAGUCGGCCACGGGACAUGGAGCCGGUCGAAGGACAGCGGCGUCAAAUCUGCAGAUUUGGUAUAUCCUGCAUGUGAUACUCGUCCUAAUCGACAUUAGCAGCUCGCUGACAAUGACCGAAGUGAACAUACCCAAUCACAUAAUGCGCUUGAAGAGCGCCACCCUGGGCUGUCGGUAUGCCCUCAACGGAGAGUCCCUCUACUCGGUGAAGUGGUACAAGGAUGGCCACGAGAUCUACCGCUACGUGCCGAGGGACAAGCCCCCAGGACAGGCGUUCCCUCUGCCAGGAGUCAACAUCGAUCUGCGUAACUCCUCGGACACACAGAUUCUCCUGCGGCGAGUUACGCUCCAGAGUUCCGGACUUUAUCGGUGCGAGGUGUCCGGCGAGGCGCCCGCAUUCAACACCGUUGCCGAAUCGGAGACCAUGACCGUUGUGGUGACUCCCAACCACGGACCGAAAAUUACUGGAGGACAGCCCCGAUACCAAAUUGGAGACACCGUCCGGGUGAACUGCACCUCGUCGCCGUCCAAGCCUGCCUGUCAGCUGAACUGGUUUAUCAACGGGGAGCCAGUGCAGAAGAUGCAUCUGCGGCACUUUGACAAGAUUGUGGUUAAUCGCGAUGGACUGGAGAUGUCCCGACUGGGUUUGGAAUUUCGGGUGCGAGGCUAUCACUUUAAACAUGGCGAUAUGAAGCUAAAAUGCGUGGCCAAGAUCAGUUCCCUGUAUCUGCAGAGCAAUGAGGAGAGCGUGGAGAGCGAUCGUCAGCAGCGGGCACCGGCUCUGGAAUCUCGGGAAACUGUAGCAGCCAAGUCUAGCACGAUUGGCGCCGCUACUUCGAUGGAGUCUUCUCAACUCGUUUCAAUUCUGUCUCCCAUCUUUGUGCUGCUGUUGUUGCACAUCUGGACCGGGCCCAGGAAUAGUUAACUAUCUUGCGAAUAAGAACCACGAAAAAAAUCACUUUAAGCUAAGAGCCGUUUGAAAAAGCAGACAUAUCCUAUGCCAAAAUCUAUGAGACAUAAACCAAAGAGAACACUUUAAAUUCCGACUUUGGUUAAAUUCAAAAAUCAAUCGAUGUGUGUGCGUGUGCAUAAAAGGGGGCGUAUUCCCCAAAUAAAAUAUCAAAAUGGUAACUACUCAACGCGAGCAUUUAAGCAGAGGCUAAGAAUUGUACAUAUUUAUCCGUAAUCCUAGGAAAUUAUUACUAGUGUUAAGCAUACCGUUGAUUAGGCAAAACAUUCGUUGAUCUUUUGUGAUAUUUUCUGUAUUUUGAAGCAAAGGGAAAGUAAAAAGUAGACACCAUCUGGAUCUUGUUUCGUUGGCCCCCCACUUGUCCAUUCAUUUUAAAUAAACCCCAACUUCCGGUCAUAUCAAAAAGAGUAUAAGCAUUUCGAUUUCGAUUGUAUAAAUACAUAUUAGCUCUUCGACUUAAAUAUGAAAGAAUCUAAGCCUAAUCCAAGCAAACGUUGCUUAACUCUAUAGUAUUGCUAAGCUAAGAACCUAAGUGUACGAAAGUUGUAAAGACUCGAGGAAAUCUUAACCGAAGAAGGACGUUAGUAAAAUAAUAAUGACAAAAUAUCAUUCACAUUGUAAGCUAUGCUAGGUUAAGGCAUUAAACUAACUUUAAAUUCGCAUUUCAAAAAUUCCUCAAAGAGAAAGAUCGCAUGUAAGGUUAUUCGACUAGAAAAAUGUAAAUACUCAAAAAUAAAGCCAAGGUUUACAUAAGUUAAAAACUUUGAAUUUUGGCCAAUGUCUCGAUGUGAAGGAUAAAUACUUAAUGUGUGUAUGGGAUAAUACUCAAAGCCCAGUCGAUUAAUGCCAAGCUCCGAGAAUAUUGAUGAGAAACAAUUAAUUAGCAUAACCUCCGAAAAAUACUUUACAAAAUGUAGUUGACUUUUUCAAUUCCCUCAGUUACAAUUUGAGUUCAAACAAUUACACAAAGAAACUUAAAAAGUUAAAAAAAAAUAUUUAAAGCAUGAAAGGUUACGAGGAGGUGAUCUUCACCGACCAGCUGUUGCACCACCGAUGUGUGGGCCAACAGAUCCAGGCAACUCGAGAAGCCUGGGAAAGAAACUGUGCGUGGUUUCCAGUUGCUCAAAGGAAAAUGUAUGCCAGGUACCCGGAGAUCUAUGAAGAGUGUUUGGAAAAGUACGGCAACGAUCACUUUGAGUACUAUGCGAACCGGAUUCGGAUGAGAGGCCAGUACCGGGUCAAAACCAAAUCGUACUUGGAGCGACAGCUUAAGGAAUCGGAGAUAUCGAUGGACCACAUAAAAGACUACGUGGUUUCCCCUACGACGAACGGGGAAUACGGCAGUAUCCUGCCUAUGAAGCUCUUCUAUUGCUUAUAGACCUUUAUGUGGUCUAUCGGUAGCUUCGAAUCCUUUCACUGUCGAAUCAAACUGCAACUUCAUGCAAUAAAUCCAGGUUCUCCUGGGGUAUUCAGUA